AGGUUAGAAAUCAUACCUUGCUCUCGAGUGGGUCACGUGUUUCGGCGAAGAAGACCAUACGGUGCUCCAAAUGGCGAAGACACGUUGACCAAGAAUUCUCUACGUGUUGCCCAUGUAUGGAUGGAUGAUUACAAAGAGUAUUAUUUACAGACUAGGACCGAUGCAAGAAGUAAAGAAUAUGGUGAUGUAAGUGAGAGAAAAAAACUCAGAGAAAAACUUGAGUGUAAGUCGUUUGAUUGGUACAUGAAAAACGUGUACCCCGAGUUGGGCCGUCCACCAUCGAAGGAAGAACGAAAAAGAAUGAAACAAGUAGAACUAACAAAACUGAAAAAACAAAAGAUAUUGUGGAAAAGAACAAAACCUGCAACUGUUUCUGAGUAUCAGAUCCAACUGACAGGAACAGAUCUAUGUAUUGAGUCUGAAGAUGAUGUAACCACGAAGGGAACACUAUUAAUUUUACAGAAAUGUACUCACAUCAAAAGACAGGUAUGUAUAGCCAAACUAUUGGCUACUGAACACAAGCCCAGUCUUAACAGAAUAUACAGUUGAUGUAACUACAUCAAGAACUUUCACUGGAUACCAGCACACUCCACUACCAGAAUGACUGUUAGUUGGUUUACUAAUGUGUUAGUCACAUGUCAGUUCAGGUUAUACAAUAUACUGUCGGUCUGUUUAUUAAUGUGUUAGUCACAUGUAAGUUCAGGUUAUACAUUAUACUGUCAGUUUGUUUAUUAAUGUGUUAGUCACGUUUAAGUUCAGGUUAUACAUUAUACUGUCAGUUUGUUUAUUAAUGUGUUAGUCACAUGUAAGUUCAGGUUAUACAAUAUACUGUCGGUCUGUUUAUUAAUGUGUUAGUCACAUGUCAGUUCAGGUUAUACAUUAUACUGUCAGUUUGUUUAUUAAUGUGUUAGUCACAUGUCAGUUCAGGUUAUACAAUAUACUGUCGGUCUGUUUAUUAAUGUGUUAGUCACAUGUAAGUUCAGGUUAUACAAUAUACUGUCAGUUUGUUUAUUAAUUUGUUAGUCACAUGUCAGUUCAGGUUAUACAUUAUACUGUCAGUUUGUUUAUUAAUGUGUUAGCCACGUGUAAGUUCAGGUUAUACAUUAUACUGUCAGUUUGUUUACUAAAGUGUUAGCCACAUGUAAGUUCAGGUUAUACAUUAUACUGUCAGUUUGUUUAUUAAUUUGUUGGUCACAUGUAAG